AUGCGCAUUCCGGGACAGAUACACCGUCUGCCCACGCACGCUUCAUUAACCGGCAGACGCGCCAUGCAUACCAAACAGCGCUCCUUACCAGCCGCCUACUACCGCGGCGGAACAUCGCGCGCAGUGUUUUUCAAGCAGGAGGAUCUCCCACACAACCGAAAAGACUGGGACUCGAUAUUCCGGAGUGUCAUCGGCAGCCCAGAUCCAUAUGGUCGGCAACUUGAUGGAAUGGGAGGCGGCAUCUCCAGCCUCUCCAAGGUGUGCGUGGUAGGCAAGUCCACGCACCACGACGCAGACGUCGACUACACCUUCAUUUCGCUGGGCAUCAAGAACACAGAUGUAGACUACUCCAGCAACUGUGGGAACAUGAGCAGUGCCGUAGGGCCAUUUGCUGUCGAUUCGAGGUUGUUUCCCUUAAAAAAUAGUCGCGACUCUGCCUCGGUUCGCAUCCAUAACACCAACACCGGCAAGAUCAUUCAUUCUUCUUUUCCUGUCGUUGAUGGAGAAGCCGCUGCUGAUGGCGACUUUUCUAUCGAUGGAGUUGCCGGCACCGCGGCUCGCGUCCAACUGGACUUUAUCAACCCGGCUGGCUCGGUGACGGGGAAACUGCUGCCCACGGGCAACGUCACAGACACAUUUGACGGUAUUCCAGCGACCUGUAUCGAUGCCGCGAACCCCUGUGUCUUUGUUCGCGCCGCUGAUCUUGGCGUGGAGGGGAACCUGACUCCGGACGAGAUCGCCGCGCAACCCGGUCUUCUCUCGCGCUUGGAUUCCAUCCGUCGUCAGGCUGGAGUUAAGAUGGGCCUUGCAGAUACACCCGCUGCCGUAACGGGGAGCAUACCCAAGAUCGCUCUGGUGGCACGGCCUUGUUCGUCUGGUUCUGGAGAUGGGGAACAGAAGCAGACCUCUGCUGAUGUGGAUUUACUUGCUCGCGCUCUUUCCGUUGGGCAACCGCACAAAGCUGUCCCCAUUACCGUUGCCCUGGCUCUGGCUGCUGCUGCACGGGUUCCUGGAAGCACUGUUGCGGAGGUCGUGGGAGGAAAGGAGCCCGUUGAUGGUGCUGGCAUCACAAUUGGGCAUGCGAGUGGGAAUCUCCUCGUAGGUGCCAACUUCGAAAAUGACGGUGCCCUCGCCUCUGCAACCGUGUUUCGUACAGCUCGCCGGCUGUUUGAAGGUCGAAUUUUCUGGAAGAAUGAGAACUCAACAUGA